AUGGCUACAGAGGCAUAUAUUUUGAAGGAAACUGCAUUGUUAUCUCUGAGAGCGUUGAAGAGCAUGUUCAUGUUGAUGUAUGCGGUUGUUAUGUUGUUGUUGUUGCCGUUCAGAGGGCGGAGGAGAGUUUCUCCACCGGAGAAACCCAGUGGCAGCAAGGAAGAGAAGCUGCAGCAUCAUGAGUGCCACCGGAAAGGGUCGGUGGUGCGACUGCCGGCGAAGAUUGUGCCGUGGAAGAGUAGCAUUAGUGCUAAUGGUGGUGGUGGUGGUGUUGUGAUGGCAAUGAAGGCGGUGGAUCAGGCGACGGUGGCGGAGGCGAGGAGGGAGUUGGCAAUAAGGAGAGUGGUGGAUGAUGAUGACCCAAGAUGUGUGAGGGAGUAUUGGCUUUUUGGAACAAGAAGGGGUGACACCAUUUUCACCCAGUGUUGGACUCCUGUUUCUGUUAAGAUCAGGGGAAUCGUUCUUCUUAUGCAUGGACUUAAUGAACACAGUGGUAGAUAUAGUGAUUUUGCGAAGCAGCUGAAUGCUGAUGGCUACAAGGUUUAUGGGAUGGAUUGGAUUGGCCAUGGUGGAAGUGAUGGUCUUCAUGGAUAUGUCCAUUCUCUUGAUGAUGCUGUUUCUGAUAUGAAAGUAUUUCUUGAGAAGAUUGUCACUGAAAAUCUUGGGCUUCCAUGUUUUUGCUUUGGACACUCAACAGGUGCAGCCAUUACUCUUAAGGCACUGCUUGACCCAAAUGUUGAAGAUUGCGUAGUUGGUGCUGCAUUCACAUCACCUGCAGUUAGAGUUGAACCUUCUCAUCCAAUUUUGUUGGUACUAGCUCCUAUAGUUUCAUUUUUGCUACCAACAUGUCCAUGUAGUUCUGCAUAUAAGAAGGGUUUACCAGUUUCUCGAGACCCAGAUGCUCUAAUUGCUAAGUAUUCAGAUCCACUAGUAUGUACUGGACCUCUUAGAGUAAGAACUGGACAUGAGAUUCUUCGAAUCACAAGCUACUUGCAGCAAAAUCUCAGAAAAUUGAGAGUUCCAUUACUUGUUCUACAUGGCACUGCUGAUUCUGUUACUGAUCCUAAUGCUUCUCAAAAAUUGUAUGAAGAAGCUUCCUCAACUGACAAAACUAUCAAAUUGUAUGAAGGACUCUUGCAUGACCUUCUCUUUGAACCUGAACGAGAGGCUAUCACACAGGACAUAAUUCAAUGGCUGAAUAAUAGAGUAUGA